AGUAUCGCACUCUCCACGAGCGAGAUGCAUUCCCUAACUGUAUAUAACCCAGAGCCGUUCGACUAGCUUGUGGCGAGGACAUGCCAUUUCAACAUGACCGCUCUACAGCGCAUCAGUCCCUUCGACCUGCUCGACGAUGUCGCCCCCGAUGAAGAAUUACCUGGCUAUGAGGCUGCAACGGCGCCCGCCUAUGAUAGCGGCUUAUACGAUGAACCCCUCGUUACAUAUUCCCUUCGGCGAUACGAUCGCAGAAUACAGAUGCUUGUUGCGUGUGGCACGACUGCCGCGUCCUCGUACAGAAUCACCACGAAUAGCUUCCGCAUAUUCUCGAAGAAGCCGGAGUUUGAGGUGCUGUACACCUGCCCUAAACAGCAGCAGCGCAACAUCGCUUCAAUAGCGUUCGACAACGAAGGUCAUCUUCCAUGGCGGCCACGUGCCCACUUUGAAUAUAUCGAUGUGAAGGGUUUAUCAAAGACGCACAAUAUGGAAUCUGCAAAUUUUGUGGACUGGACUAUUGUACUACAAGAUAAAACUUACGCAUGGCGGGUGGAUAUGCAGCCUAUCUCGCUUGUCUUGAGUGAGACGAAUUUCAGCAUCAUCAUCGCCCGCUUUACCUACUCGACAAGCGGCACCUCGGCUGCGCGCGGCGCAGAAGUUGGCAAUUUGACGAUAUAUCGGGAUUGCCUGACGGCUGACGCAGAUGGGAUAGGCAGGCUGGUUUGUGGAUUGAUGGUAACCCUCACGCAGUUGAAGAAGAUGGGGAGGCAUUAUACCAAUGGAAAAAACGAGCUGGAAAGAUGGGACUCUUUGAGUAGGCAAUCAGUAUCGUUACGGAGGACGUCGUCUGCAGUGUGACCGAGGUUCAUGAUUGUCUCUGAAGAGGACGGAAUUAGAUAGAAUGGCAACUAUUAUAGUGACUGAAAACAGAAACUACUUCGAA